CUCUAUGGCCAAACGGGUCAAAAUUUGACCCGUCACUCUUCUGUGGCCUGACCCGAACCCGAACCGGCAACAGCUCGAGAAUCUGGACACACAAGGGCACGAUCCAUUAUCCAGUUCCAUUAUUCCGGUAACAAUUGAAGAAAAAUGGCGGGCAUAGUAAUGGCGGCAGCGUACUCCGGCGCUACUCUGUAUGCAAAGUCACAUCUACCAUUGUCUUCAUUUUCCAUUAGAAAAGAAUCGAAGCAUCUUCUUUCUUCACACUCACUAAUAAGUAUUCGUUAUCCCCAAAUUGUAUCAGCUUGUUAUGCUCAGUCUUCUUCCUCAGCGACUCCGAUCAAUUUCAAUUCCUCAACUAAGCUCUUUGUUAGCGGACUCUCGUUUCGCACAACUGAAGAAAGCUUAAGAAAAACCUUCAACCAUUUCGGAGAGCUCGUUGAAGUCAAUUUGAUGAUGGACAAAAUAGCGAACAGACCAAGAGGAUUUGCUUUCAUUCGUUAUGCUACGGAGGAGGAAUCACAGAAGGCAAUUGAGGGAAUGCAUGGCAAGGUAAUUAUUUCUGGAUGGCAGGGUAAUUUUUGUAGAAGUAGCUAAGUCUAGAUCUGAACUUCGUCGAGGGCCUAAAUCACAACGAUAGCAGACAAUGAUGUAGACAUGCAUCUCCAAUCAAGGCUCGUCUCCGCGACUCAUAAGAAAAAAACAGAAGAGAUUCAGUGGUGGACACGGACGCGCUUCAUUCACCCAUAAAUCAAUCAUCAUGCAUCUCUACGUUUAUCAGAAUACGCGUGUAUCAGUUUCUGCUCGACUUACUACACUUAGGGAUGAAGAUUGCUUACUUCGAUACCAUUGAACUUCUAAUCCUUUCUCAGGCUACUGUGCAGUUACUAAUAUAUUGUUGCACAUUUUUCUUAAUUUAUGUAUUUAUUCGUAUUUGUAGUAAAUUCUGAUGAAACGGCCUCGUCUUGUGUUAAAAUCUCUUGCUUACUUUCA